AUGACCGGGCUUGUUGGCUUCACUGAUAACCCAUUCCGGGAGCGUUCCGACCUUGUUCGAGCUGCCAUCGCCCUCAUACAUCCGCUUGGGCCAUACAGAUCUCCAGCUAGAGCCCGUGUCAAGUUGUUUCCUUCUACAGCUCCGGCUUUCGACGAUGUUGCCGCCCAACUCGAGGGGUUCGCCCGCCCCCUGUGGGCUAUUCAAGGCCUUGUAGAAAACGAAUCCGAUGAUGGAGGCCCCGGCAUCGGUGAGGCUCACAGCUGGAUUCAGGGUAUCCAAGCUGGUGUAGAUCCUUCUAGCUCUGAGUAUUGGGGUGAUGUCGGGCCUUCUGACCAACGCAUGGUUGAGAUGGAGUCGAUUGCGUUUGCGCUGCUGAUCAUUCCAGAGGCCAUGAUGCGUCUUUUGGGACGAGAGUCGAAGCUCAACCUCACAAAAUGGUUGCAGCAAAUCAACAAUCAUUCUAUGCCGCGUAACAACUGGCGGUGGUUUCGAGUUUUCGUCAAUCUAGCGCUGGUCGAGACCCUUGGAGUACCAAGACACGAGGUGACGCACAUGGUGGAUGAAGACUUUGCAUUGCUUGAUGAAUUCUACCUCGGCCAAGGCUGGUCCUCUGAUGGCGUCUGGGGGGACGAGAGAAAACAAGCAGAUUACUAUUCCGGAAGUUUCGCCAUCCAGUUUGCGCAAUUGCUCUACAUUCGGUUUGCUAAAAGGGAUGAAGAAAGGGUCCAGAGAUAUCGACAACAAGCAGCCGAGUUUGCUUCCCAAUAUUGGAGGUACUUUGAUGUCAAUGGCGCCGCUAUACCAUUUGGCCGGAGUUUGACCUACCGAUUCGCAUUCGGAGCUUUCUGGGCAGCCCUCGCUCUCGUCGACGUCCAGCUCCCUAGUCCCGUGGGAAGCCUAGGUUCCAUCAAGGGCAUGCUUAUGCGGCACCUACGAUGGUGGUCAAAGAAGCCAGAGAUUUUCAAUUCUGAUGGUACCAUGACCAUUGGGUAUACUUAUCCCAAUAUGUAUUUGUGCGAGGACUACAACUCAAGACAGUCCGUGUAUUGGUGUUUGAAGAGUUUCAUCGUUCUUGGCUUGCCUGAAGGCCACCCUUUCUGGACCUGCGAAGAGGAGCCCCAUCCCAUGGCAAAGUUGAGUCUGAGCAAACAGCCUCAAGUUGGGCAUCCAAACACUCUUCAGGCUAUCUGGCCUGCUCAUCACAUUCUCUGCAAUUCUCGUGAACACCACUACCUCCUAUCAUCAGGACAAAUGACGACCAGGAAAUUCAAGGCCAGAGAAGCCAAGUACGGCAAGCUCGCCUACUCCUCCGCAUUCGGAUUCAGUGUGCCCUCAGGCCCAGAACUACACCAACUGGCGCCAGACAGUACACUUUCCAUCAGCUUGGAUGAUGGAGAGACGUGGAAAGUUCGGUGGCAGCCCUUCGAUGUCAGACUUCAAACUGCUUUCGUUCGCUCUCAUGGAGACUUACACAAGGUCCCUGCAAUAUCCAGUGUCUGGAAGCCCUUCAAACAACUCGGCGUGGAGAUUGAGACCAUUCUUGUCCCGUUGACUCCGCACUUUCCGGGGUGGCAUAUUCGGUCGCACAAAGUAACGGGCCUCGAUUGCUUGAGCACUGUUCCUUGUUCAGAGGGAAUCCAACUGGUUGAUGCCUCUUUCGCAUUAUCUGCCCUGUCCGCCACCGGGUAUCAUGUACCCAAAGAUGCCCCUGGCGACGUGACGAAUGGCUGCUUUUCCGACUCAUCGAGCAUUCUGAUGAUGUCCCAUGCUGGAUCCAGCGGCGCUGUGCACAUCACACCCGAUGUAGCUGCCAUUGGACCUGCGGUUGAAACCAAGCAAAAAGGCGAAUCGUUGCUGAUCGAAGCCGACCCGAACACCAACUUGAUCACACAGAGGACUUUCAUUCCCUCCGUUAGAUACAACGUCAGGUCUGCUACGCUGAAUGACCCGGAAACAGCGACAGAAUCAAUAAUCUUCGCAACUGGUGUGUUUGGGGUAUCAAGUCAUAGCGUGGAUCGCGGCGAGAUGAAGAAGAUGUGGGAGAAGCGGCCUACUGUUCAACUCAACAUAGGCACUGGGAGCGGCAAUACUAUCCAGAUUUCAUAG